AUGUCUCUCGCCGAUCCCGCCUUCCCGUCCUCUGCGGCCUUCGACGCCAUCAACUCGGCCCUGCAAUCCGACGACGCCGAGCGGAAAGACGCCAUCAAGAAGACCGGCGUCGUCUUCGCCUUCACCAUCAAGAACGCUGACGGAAAGGUCGAGAGCUGGAACAUCGACUUGAAGGAGAAGGGUGUCGUGUCCAAGGGCGUCGGGAAGCCGAAUGUCACCCUCAUCCUCUCCGAGAAAGACUUCGCCGGCCUCCUCUCCGGAAAGGCCAACGCACAGAAGCUGUUCAUGUCAGGAAAGCUCAAGGUCAAGGGCGACGUGAUGAAGGCCACGAAACUGGAGCCGGUGCUGAACAAGGCCCGGACGAAGGCGAAGUUGUAA